AUGGAUGUUCCCUCGGCUGUCUCAGGUUUCCUCAGGUUCCAGGUUUCCUCAGGUACCCGUGCCCGUGCCCGCCGUGGAAUGAAAUCGUGCAAAUCUGCACCACAGUUGAUGCUCCACUCCAGUACUAUCUAUUCUGUCCCGUACAGCACGGGACCGCAGAACGAACAGCACGUCUCCCGAAGACGCGUGAGGUUCGCGUGCCCAUCGAAAGCGCCCCGCAUGAGUACAGGUGGUGGUGGUGGGUGGUGGUGGAUGGCUGGAUCGUGUCGAGUCCGUUUCUAUCCACGGCGUGGUCACGUGACGGCCCAUCGUGGAAUUUCGAGGCAAUCGGAAAACGGCUCCCACACCAGCAUUCCUCCGAGAGGACAACGCGCCCGCAUCGUCACCAAUCCCGUCGCCCACGGACCUCUUUCUGCCAACGCAUACAUCGACAGGUACAUGCCUAUCGGGGCACCACGCCAUGUGAUAGGUUAUACAGCCAUACAGUAUAUCCAUCGGCGACACUGGGUGAGAAGCCCGCCCUGCACUGGAUGGACGAUGCCCGCCCAUGAUGAUCCUGCCGAGAGUUCUGACCUACAGACAUACUGUAGCGGAAACCGGGCGUUUUCACGUGAUGAUGGGCGCGCCCACCGGGUUUUCCCACUUUCGUCCGUCCUGCAGCGAAAAAGCCCGAGCUUCUCCGAACGGGCAGAAGAAGAAGAAGAAGAAGAAGAAGCUGGAGGUGUGUGCCCUGGUGGUGGUGGUGGUGGAGGACGUUGGAUGGUGAUGAUGAUGAUGAUGAAAAAGCGUGCGUGGGGCGUGACAUGGGCGCGUCUCGAACACGACACCAUCACGAACGCUCCCGCCCGCUACUGGAUUAUUACCGGACGUACCUGUCACCCAUCCUAGGUGUGAGCGAAUCCACGCUGAUUUCCCUCUUCUUUUCCUUAUUACGCGCCGGACACGAACGACGACGCGUCGACGGCAGUUUCAUCUCGCUCCACGCACCUCACCUUCUCUUCGCCAUCAUCACCAUCCACCUCCUCCUCCUGCUCCUCCACCGACAGUCUCCACUAUGACCGUUCAUUUCGCGCCAAAUUAACUCCCACAUCUACCGACACCGCGCAUCUCUUUACGAUAGUCCUGUUCGCCUCGCAUCACAUCACAUCGCAUUACAUUACAUUACCUUCAUCGUCCCGGCCGUUGCGUCCUUGUGCC